AUGGCUCCAACGCCCAACCACACCUUAUGGCUCCAACACCCAACCACACCUUAUGUCUCCAACACCCAACCACACCUUAUGGCUCCAACGCCCAACCACACCUUAUGGCUCCAACACCCAACCACACCUUAUGUCUCCAACACCCAACCACACCUUAUGUCUCCAACACCCAACCACACCUUAUGGCUCCAACACCCAACCACACCUUAUGUCUCCAACACCCAACCACACCUUAUGGCUCCAACACCCAACCACCCUUUAUGGCUCCAACACCCAACCACCCCUUAUGGCUCCAACACCCAACCACACCUUAUGGCUCCAACACCCAACCACACCUUAUGGCUCCAACACCCAACCACCCCUUAUGGCUCCAACACUCAACCACUCCCUUAUGGCUCCAACAACCUCACCACACCCUGCGCAUCACCCACACCCAACCUCAGUCAUGCCCCAAACCCCUACCCCACCUGCCCCGCGCCACUCAUUUUCCCUAAACACCUCGCUCGCCCACACCCCACCGCCACCCCACAUAUCAUAGCCAUCCUACGCCACUUCUGA